AUGCACAGUCGAGACGGACCUUUGAAUCAGAAACGGUCCUAUUUACGCCGUACAAUAAUAUCGGUGGUCCGAAAAUAAUAACAAACAAUAAUAUCAUCAAAUAUGUUGACCGAGAUUGUGUUAUAAUUUUAUAUUUUUGCUCAGCAAAGUACACGACAACCUAUAGUAUAUAGGUUAUACAACCGUGGUCCGUAAUGCGUAAUAAAAAUAUAGGUAUUUCGUAUACGCGGAGUCGCAAAAUAAUUUUUGGUGUAAACUGUAGCUGGAUUUUGAACGAUAGGAAAUCUGACGAUGGUAUUCGCGAGUCGCAAAUGUCUUGAAAAUACGUAAAUGCGAAUAAAAUUAUCUCGAACGAUGCGGAUUAUUUGACCGGUGGAAUUUUAUUUUUAAAAAAAUCACAAGAUAUCCGACAGCACAUUUGUAUAAAAUUUACUAAAAAACUAACAUCUGAUAAAUCCUAACAGUGUAUUUGAAUACUAUAAAUAUAUUAUGCAGAUUAUGAUGUUGGCCUAAUAAAAUAUUGUUUUUGAUAAACCGUCGUUAAACUUACGUUGGUUACGCCAAAUAAUGUUUGUACACAGUCUCACUUGUGUUAUUACUCCAUGACUAGUAAUAUUUUUUGUUACCCGAAUCGGGAAGAGUUGCGGAGUAAGCGUUUAUACUAAAAAUAAAUGCUCAUACACCUCUUUCACAGUAAAUCGAUAGGAUUAAAUUUUUUUUUUUUUUGUUAUUGAUCGCAUUAUUUACAACUUACGGGCGAUUGGAAUCGUGAGUUUUUAGCAUAGGCAUAAUCUUUUUCUUUUUUUUUUUCAAAAUAAUCGAUCGUUUUAAUUUUCACCAAAUGCUCGUUGGGCUUGUAUACCUAUACUUGGGCUGGUUUUACUUCUUAGUCCGGCACAUUUCACGGACAAAUAUAAUUCAAUAGAUUGAUAGUUAUCGAACCAACCUUAAAGCCUAAAACUAAAUCAAAUCGAGCCUUUUUAUUUUGUAUUUAUGUAUUUUAAAAAAAAAUAUAAUAUAUAAAAAGUGAAUUAUUUCGGUUUAGAAACGAUAAUAGUUGGGUAAAUGAACUCGUGGUCGAACUUAAAGAAGGAGAGAUUGUUGAUGACGAAGAUAACGUAGAUGAUAAAGUUGUUGAAUCAACUGUACGUAAUAGUAAAACUAGAGCGUCUAAAGAUAAUUAUGUCCCGGAACAUGUUGAACAUUCGUGGGGAAUUGUAAAAAUUAUAUGAAAACAAUUCGAUUCGAUUAUCUUAUUAUAGUAAUGGCAAAUUAUUUAUUCCGUCCAUUAUAUUAGGAACGUCGAUAUAAUACGAUUAUGCACUGUCCAAGAUCAAAUGAAGGAUUUUCGGAUUUGAGCUGGAGAGAUAAUCACAAAGACGACAACCGUAAGAAGCGUAAAACAGGUACGUACCUAAUUAUAAAUUAUCUGUUGUUAUUUUUUUUUUUUCAAUUAAAUUGAUCAUAGUUAUUUAAGUAUUUGCAGAUUAUACUUGCUACACAUUUUGUUUUGAAUUUGUCAUAAGGAAUUUAUAUAUUUCUUGUUUAUUGUUUAUGUAGGAAACGAAGAAGAAGAAUUUCCCGACGAUAAUAACUGCGGUCGUAGUUAUUAUAUACAUGGCGGCGAAGACAACGACUGAUAUGGUAGAAAAAUAAUGUCUGAACACGGGCGAACGGAUGUUGCGCUUAGGCAUAUAACGGAGGUCGAAAAAUGGAGCCACGCGAGGACAAGAAAUGUUACUCAGUCUCGAAUUGCCGAUUGAGUCACGCGGAGCUCGGGGAAAAGCAAAAAUCCGUAUUGCUUGAGGUAAAAUUGUGCAAAACAGCGUUACUUUUUUUUAUUUAUUCGUUUGAUUAUGUGUAUAUUCUAUUAGUCUCGGGGGGGAAUACGGGAAACGUGGCGUUACCGUCCGUCAAAAUAUGAAAAUCGAAAAUUUACGGUAUAACAUUAGAAUAUUAUUAUCCUCCUUGUUUUUUAAAUUCGUAUUCUUUCAAACUGUGUACAUCGUAAAAUUGAUGUUUUAUAUCGGUUUGAUAUCUAUUGUGUUUUGUAUAGAAUAACUUACAAAGGGACAAAAUUCCAUUAUUAUUAGAAACGCAAAUUCCUAUUCCGAUGGAAUUAAACAAUACGAAUGUUGAAAAACAUCUAGAUAAUUCAGAAUUACUAUUUACGCGAGUAAUUGUCGUAAUACUAUUUAUUUAUUUAUUUAAUCGUUCAGAGACUGAUAAUGAUAGGCAUAAUGACAAUGUUACUACUACGCAAAUAAUAUCGUCUACUCAAGAUAACGGAAGGUGCACGGCUGAUGAUAAUUUGUGA